AUGGAGACGUAUUACGGGCACGUUCGCACACCUGCGGACGCUAUCAUUCUUUUUGAGGCUUGUCGUAUCGGCCUUUUACCUCGCGUGCAAAGGCGAUUAUCAGAGAAAGAGCGACAAUCAAUCCGGUCCGGCUCGGUCUUUGUAUGGGAUGAGCGAGAAGCGGGUAUGCGGCGAUGGACUGACGGAAAGUCAUGGAGCGCUAGUCGUGUAUCUGGUAGCUUUUUGACUUAUCGCGAAAUGGAAGGCAAGCGUGGAGGCGGAAGUGUCUCUCAGGGCUCUACCUCUCGAGGAGGCAAGACGCCUGAGAGUCGCGGCAGUGACGAUGAUCGUGCUGAUGGCACGGACGAGGGCCCAGAUGGGUAUCGUUAUAAGCCAGAUGGCUUGAUGAAACAGUCCUUCAGUAUCACGACAUCAAACGGUCAACACUUGCAUCUCAUCAGCUAUUACUCACGUUCCCAUCCUUCUGCCGCCAACUUGCAACAACCAACUUCAGAUCCUGCGCUGCGCCAUGUUCGACCUCAGAAAGGUCUCUAUCCCGAAUCGACAGUCAAUGAUCAGCAAAAUCUCCCUGUCGUUACCCGUGGGCCUAUGGCGGGUGCUGCUUACCCCAUCACUCCUCAUCCCCUUGGCGCAUACCCGCGCGUCACUCAUACACAGCCAUACCCGCCUGCCUAUGCUUGGCCGCCCACUCCUCUAGCCACACCACCGACUGUCUCAGUACAAUACGGUCCUGUAGGUGCCAAUGGACAUCAUUAUGGCCCACCACACCAUCAGCCCCCACCCCAUGCCGGUGGACUUCCCCCGCCUCCACAUGGGAUGACGGGCCCAUAUGAUCGACCUCAUAUGGAAUCAACAUUACCUCCAGCUGGACCGUCACAACAACUAAGUUACAUGAAUCGAUCGCCGCGCUCAGUACACGACGCUCACGCACACGCCCAUGCCCACGCUCAGGCCCAAGCCCAAGCUCACGCCCACGCAGCACACGCUCACGAGCAACGCACCCCACCGAUCUACGGACAUGCUCUUGUUGAUCCUCGCAUGGCAUCGCCGCGCGUACCAGUCCAGUCCAUUGCGCAAUCAAAUGGACACGCGAACAGCCCCCACCUAGUGAAGCAGGAGCAACCCGCUGCGUUGCCCUCACUUAAUCCCAUCGUCGCGUCACCAAAACCUUCCGAUCCUACGAGUUCCGGAAAUGCAGUUCCCGGAAUCAACUCAUUAAUGAACGGUGCAUCGCUGGCACCUCUUUCCUCAGUUGCCUCUCCUAGUGGCCCCACUGCGAGCCCGAACGGAGCACCAGUACAGAGCUCCUUCGCCGAGGGGCCACGCGAUAUCCCCAAUGAGAAGAUCGGAUUCGGCGGCGAGGACACGAGGGCGUUGCGCCAACUGGACCGCGCCUUCAUCGCUUAG